CAAGGAUGGUAGAUUCGGUCGACUAUGAGCAUUGGCUCACUAAUUAAGAGGGCUUUAAUUAACGGAUUUCAACUGAAAACGAGAAUACAAUGCAUAUGAAAUAUCUAAUAUCAAUUUAGUUUUCGUAGACUGGAUUCUUGACUAUGAUUGUUCUCAAUAAUUUCCCUAUCAAAACUGAUUCACUUGGAGAUAAAAAAGUUGAGACAAUUAUGAUCCCUUCCAAUAAAAGAGAAGCACCUGUUGUCAGCCCUCCUAAACCAGAUGACAACGGUCAUAAAAUCCCACUAGGUAAAGACAUAGCCUUCUUACAAAAGCAGCAUGAGGCCAUGCUGAAAGGCUUGCAUCAAGAAAUUGAAUCCUUGAAAAAAAUUAAUAAAGACUUGCAAUAUCGUCUGGUGAUGUGUACAUGUUCUGCUGGCUAUUCUGAUGAUAAUUUACCAAAAAAUAAAACCAACGAGAACUCCCUAAAACAAGAAAUAUCGAUUUUGCGGGAAGAUCUUGAAAAUGAAAGGAAGAAGAACGCACGUUUGAUGCAACAAUUAGAGGAAUUGCAAGUAUCCCAGAAUCCUGUUAGAGGUGUUUCUUUACGACUUCCAAGAUUCGCAUGUAAAAAUGGACGAUUGUCAACAUAUUCAGAGCAGAAAAAUAUUUCAAAGAAUAAUGAAAUGUUCCAGAGUUUAAAUAAAAAUCAAAUUCACCAUGAUAAUAGUGAAUUCUUAAAAGGAUGUCAGGAUGUCCCAAGUAAAAAUACCGAUUUCAUAACAGAUACAGUCACUGUAAAUAAUAACCCGAUAGCACCUACAACUGGAACAUUAUCAGUCAAUAAACUCAUACCAACCACUUCUCAUUCAGUUCCGAUUAAAUCAUCAACAACUCUGAAUAUACCAGGAAAUAAUUUCUUGACAAAACGAAGUAUUCUUCAUUCGUAUGAUAAUGAACAUGUUUUUGAAAAACAAGAAGAGGAAAUAAUCGAAUCAAAUGAUGAAUUAAUCAAUUCACACUUAUUACCAUUUCGAUUACCUGCAUUAAAUUUUAGAAAACCACUUAUUCAAGCUUCAUUGAGUAAUGAGCAACAUAAAAUGAAUACAAACAAUAUAAAGUAUUCACCUACACGUGGUUCAUUAAAGAAUGAAAAAGUAUUCAAUAGCGAAUUAAAAAUAACUCGUCCAAUAAAAAGUGCCACAGGAUACAAUAAUAACUUAACUACAUCAUUGGAAGUAUCCAUUAAUAAUCUGCAAACUAAAUCGAUUGAUUCAAAAACCUCAAAUGAUCAUUAUCAACAAUUACAUGAUUUAAAUUUAAGAAAAGUUACACAAGCUUAUUCAAUUGGAUUAAAACCAUUUCUACCAUCAUUAACAAAACCAGCAGAUGUAAUGUUGAAUCGUCAAAAUGAUCGUCAUCAAAAGAAAUCUACAAAAAGCUUACAACGUAAGCGUGCACAACAAAAUAUUUAUCCAUUUUAAAUGAUGAUGAUAAUAGUAACAUUUGGAACAAGAAUUCAAUUUGAGAAAGAAAAUCAACAUUGAAAUUUUGUUUAAAUAAGUAUAGAUAAAAAUAACAUUCCAUAUAUAUUUCUAUUUUUAAUAUUUAUUAAACUAAUAAAAAGUGGUGACCCAUACAGUGGGAGCUACUAAUCAAUCGCGUUCAUUUGAAUGAAUUAUGCUCGUUGAAUAUUGAAACAAAAAAUGUUUUAUUUAUGGAAGGCAGCAUACAUAUUAUCAAUGGAACAGUUCAGUACUCAAUAAUAAAAUCAUGCGACAAAUUUAAUUCUCAGAUGAAAUUCAAAGGUUAAAUUAUUAAAAUAUUGUAAGUAAACUUUUACUUAGUUUAUUACAUGAAGAAGAAGAAAAAAAACAGUUUUCUAAAGAUAGAAUGGUAUUUUUAUUGGUUCAUAUUAUUGUUUUCAAGAUUGUUUUAUUCAUUUCUUCUAUCCUCAUUAACAAUUAAUGAUAAUAAUUUGUUUUACUAUACUUUUAUGCUUGAUUAUUCAUCUGUGAGAACACUGAUAGAUUAUUGUCAAGAUAAUUGUGUUUGCUUGUCAUUACUUAAUUACUGACUUUUAUCAUUACUAAUAUUAUGAUUAUCGAGGUAUAUCAGCAUGAAUACAUGUGAAUUUAUACGUCAUAGCGGUAGUUACACUAUACAAUAGUAGCUAACUUUCUCCAUCAUGACAAAUACCUAUAAAUUCACGCCUAUGCAAACAAUAUAUAUAUGUAUAUCGUCUAUCCAUUCAAUAUACUCAUGUACAUGACACAACAAUCGUUGUUCAGGUGGGUUGGUAUUUAUAUCAAUUGUUUAUUACCUUCGACUUUUAAUAUUGUCAAUGUUCAAUACACGUUUAUGCAGAAUAGUGUUGAACAAGUUGAUCUGUUUACAUCUGACUUUUCAACAAAACGUAUUGUCCUCUACAUAAUAAAUUAAUAAUGAUGAUAAUAAAUAUUUAUGAAACAUGUUUUAA